AUGAUCCUCAUCAAAGUUCUUAUCAUAACGGGAUCCUCUACUUACCAGAUCUCCGAGGCAGAUGGAGUAAGGAAGAAUUUCUAUCAAGCAGUCGCUGAUCUGCGUGAUUACAUGAGAGGUGUAGAAGGGUCGCCCGAAAACCGUUGCCACCAGGCCCGCGCUCGUUCUUUGGAGGAAAUGUUUCUCGCGUGCCGCAAGCUGAGCCUUGGAAAUUAUACUCGCAAUGGUCUCACAAAUGGGGCGCAUUCAUCGCAAAUGACUACUAGCGCCCUCAUAUACCUUCGACUCUUCGGUCGCGAUAUCGUGGUGCUCAAUGGUGCGCGUGUGGCUGAGGAUUUGUUAGAAAAGCGGUCCAAGAUUUAUGCUGACCGCCCCACUUGGCCGAUGGCCGACUUGAUUGGCCGUCAGAACAACGUCGGAUUCACGUACUGCGGCGACAAACUCCGGGCGUCCAGGAAACUACUUCACGCUUCGCUGGGUGCUGUCUCAAGAAACGAGUGGAAUCCCAUGUUAGUAGAAGAAGUGUGCAAAUAUGUUGCUUCUCUUGUGCUUCGCUUCACCUACGGUCGCGAAUUAACGGAAGAUUAUGUCCGCCUGGCGAAAGAAAUAAACUUGGACACUGGGAUGGCGCUUCAGCCUGGAUGGGUAGUGGAUUCCUUCCCGUUCUGUAUGCACUUCAAGAGAUGGGCGUUGGCUGCGAGGUCAAGAUUCGAACGAUGUACACGGGAGCUUUAUACUGCAACCCGUUUAGCUGUCAGGCAGGUCCUCAUACACACAGCUGGAAGUGUAUAUGGAGGCUGUGCCAUCUGGCAGACAUCCGCGCUUCUCAUGUCAUUCAUUCUUCUGAUGGUCGUGUUUCAGGACAUUCAGGAAAAGGCUCAUGCUGAACUAGUUGCCGUGGUUGGACACCAUAGGCUUCCUACCUUAGACGAUCAGGCAUCACUGCCUUACAUUGGGGCGCUCAUCAAAGAGAUACAUAGAUUUCAUCCUGUCGUUAAUCUUAUCCCACAUAACCCGAUGGAGGAUGAUGAAUACGAAGGUUAUCGCAUUCCUCGCAAGUCGUGGGUCAUGUGCAAUGUAUGGUGA